AUGCUUUACCCCUGGACAGGUUUGGCCCAGUCCAUCAGUGCGGCGCUGGAGGAGGGCUGGGCCGCCGCUCCCAGCAAUGACCUCGCGGCGCCCCCGCACUCCCCUAAACACCGCGCCGGGCUGGGGGCGGCGGACCCCGCGCCCCGCCUGCGCCCGCUGCUGCUCGCCGCGCUCUGCCUGGCCGGCCGGCUCGAGCCCACCCGCGGCUGCCAGCUGCCGUCGGAGUGGAGACCCCUGAGCGAGGGCUGCCGCGCCGAGCUGGCCGAGAUCAUCGUGUACGCCAAGGUGCUGGCGCUGCACCAGGAGGUGCACGGCCUGUACAACUACCUGCCGUGGCAGUACGAGGCCAGCGACGCGGGGCUCUUCUACUCGGCCGAGAUCGAGAUGCUGUGCGACCAGGCAUGGGGCAGCAUGCUCGAAGUGCCCGCGGGCUCCAGGCUCAACCUCACCGGCCUGGGCUACUUCUCGUGUCACUCCCACACCGUGGUCCAGGAUUACUCCUAUUUCUUCUUCCUCAGGAUGGAUGAAAAUUAUAACCUCUUGCCUCAUGGAGUCAAUUUCCAAGACGCCAUAUUUCCUGACACUCAAGAGAACAGGAGGAUGUUUUCCAGCCUUUUCCAGUUUUCGAACUGUUCCCAAGGGCAGCAACUGGUGACUUUCUCCAGUGACUGGGAGAUCCAGGAAGACAAUAGGCUCAUGUGUUCCUCGGUGCAGAAGGCCCUGUUCGAGGAGGAGGACCACGUCAAGAAACUGCAGCAGAAGGUGGCCACGCUGGAGAAGCGGAACAGGCAGCUCCGGGACCGAGUGAAGAAGGUUAAGAGGUCUCUCAGGCAGGCGCGGAAGAAUGGCCGCCACCUGGAGCUGGUGAACCAGAAGCUCAGCGAGAAGCUGGCGGCCGCGGCGGGAGCCAUCCCGCACAUCAAUGCCCUGGGGCGGGAGCCGGCACGCAGCUCCUACCUGCGGGGGUAGUGGGACUGCAUGGUGGCCGGGCCCAGCCCUACUGGGUCACCUCGCCUGCCGCCAGGGAAUGGAGUGAUGGUGGUUUUGUAUGGACACAUAUUUCAAAUCUUGUAGAAGAUGUUUGUACUCCUUUUGUAGCGUCUAGUUGGUUUAAACAGCAAGCCUUGCUUUCCCCUUGGUUGCUGGCCUGGUCCCAGACACAGUGCUCAGAAGUCCAGGGGCAGCAGGAUCCUGGAGCUCCAUGUCCCUGCCUGGGGCCUGUCACCAGCUUCCAGGAGCAGCCUGCGAAGUGCACUUAUUGGGGAAAGAACAUUUUAGAAUCUCUUAAUGUAUGAGACUUCGAGGGGCUUGGCCUUUAUUUCAGAGGGGAGGCAGAGUGGUCUCAGCUCUGAGCUCCGGGACAAUCACUAGUUUGGAGGAGUGAUCUGAAUCAAUUCGUGGAACCUUUUGCUGUCUCAUUUUCCAGAGCUUUGGAAGAAUGGUGGCCUCACAAAGCACCCAAGGAUGCCUAUAAACAAACAUGUGCAGGGUGUCCUUACUCCAGCCAUCAUUUCCUCACAGCUGAGGCUUAUUAAGACUUAAUGAGCUCAUCACAGGUAAGGGAAUUGAGUUGGGAGUGGGGUGGCAGGUAAUUAAACAAGAUGAACUAUACCUGAUAUCCAACACCAGCUACACGGAGCUGAAGAUGACACCUAUGGGGUCACACUAAUCAAGAGGGGAAUUGCCUUUAUUGGCCUGUCAUGUUUCAUCAAACCAUACUCCUAAGUUAGAAGAGCCUGAGCAAUGUUUCAGCCACUGCUAAAUUCUAACUUGUUUGCUCAGUAAUUGCUUCCAACUUCUCUGAAUUCGAGGUGAGCUGACCCAAGAUGCUGUGAACUUCUGUUCUGCAGAGACGCCUCAUUCCCAUUCAGGCUCCCAAAGGGUUUGUUCCAGGCAUUCCCAUAUCUGCUUCUUUACGCACACGCUUUCCACCCACCAGGACUGUCUGUCCCCUGGGAGUAAUAUUUGCGCAUCAGUCCUCUUGUGUUGUGUCAGUUCCUCUACACAAUCACAGCACUUCACCCUCUUUGGAAAGAAACCUUUAAAGAGAGUACUACAUGUAGAAGGUAUUCUCAAUACCUGUCACUUGAGGCCUUGACUUGGGCACAUUUGAUCAAGUCCCUGUGUUAUUAAGAAGUCCGCUGAGUGGCUGUCUCUUGGUUAUCUUCUGAUGAUGGACCUCCAAACCCACAAGUUUCCCUUCACUGCUGUUCCAGAUAGAAGCUGCACAUCAGGAGAUCUGCCACCCAUAGAUGGCCCCAGGCCCUGCAGGGCCUGAUUCUGCUGUCCUCUCCAUCGGAAAUGGCAGUUAUAUUGUCAGACUUCCAUUCCAUUGCCUUUAGGAAAACCACGUCCUUCUUGCUCUGGCAGCCAGUCUGGGAUAUGAGCCUGUUUCACUUGAGUCUUGGUGGCAGGCGACUGCCGAAGGGGAGAAGUCUACACCCUGGACUAGAGAGCAUGGGAACUUUUGCUCAAGGGCACUUCAUGUCCAAGCUUCUGCCACUACUUUAUUAGCUCUGUUCUUCAUAAUGUGGUAUAUUAGAAGGUGCAUCUUCUAGUUUACUCUUCAUAAAGAUAUUUCAUUAGAGCUGUUUUGUUAGGCUUGAAUAACAAGCCUCAGGGUGAUUUACAGCCAGGGUUUGGAGAGCUGUGGAAGCUGGAUCACUACAGAUGCACUACAUUAUGUUCUGCCUUUUCAAUAAAUAUGAGCAAUAUUUCAGCCACAA